AUGGCUAUUUCCAAGGUCUACGCUAGAUCCGUGUACGAUUCCCGUGGUAACCCAACCGUCGAGGUUGAGGUGACCACCGAGAACGGCACUUUCAGAUCGAUUGUUCCAUCCGGUGCUUCCACCGGUGUCCACGAGGCUCUUGAGUUGAGAGACGGUGACAAGUCCAAGUGGUUGGGCAAGGGUGUGACCAAGGCCGUGUCCAACGUCAACGACAUCAUCGCUCCAGCUUUGCUAUCCGCCAACGUCGACGUCAAGGACCAGAAGGCCGUUGACGCUUUGAUGUUGACCUUGGACGGCACUCCAAACAAGAGCAAGUUGGGUGCUAACGCCAUCUUGGGUGUCUCCAUGGCUGUUGCCAAGGCUGCUGCUGCUGAGAAGAAGGUGCCAUUGUACCAGCACUUGGCUGACUUGGCUGGCUCUUCCACCACUCCAUUCGUGUUGCCAGUUCCAUUCUUGAACGUUUUGAACGGUGGCUCUCACGCCGGUGGUGCUUUGGCUCUACAGGAGUUCAUGAUCGCCCCAACCGGUGCUGAGUCUUUCUCCGAGGCUUUGAGAAUGGGCUCUGAGGUCUACCACAACUUGAAGUCUUUGACCAAGAAGAGAUACGGUGCCUCCGCCGGUAACGUCGGUGACGAGGGUGGUGUUGCUCCAAACAUCCAGACUGCCGAGGAGGCUUUGGACUUGAUUGUCGACGCCAUCAAGGCUGCCGGCUACGAGGGCAAGAUCGACAUUGCCUUGGACUGUGCUUCUUCCGAGUUCUUCAAGGACGGUAAGUACGACUUGGACUUCAAGAACCCAGAGUCCGACUCUUCCAAGUGGUUGUCUGGCCAGGAGUUGGCUGACCUAUACAAGAAGUUGGUCGAGAAGUACCCAAUUGUCUCCAUCGAGGACCCAUUCGCUGAGGACGACUGGGAGGCUUGGUCUCACUUCUACAAGAACGCUGGUGUCCAGAUUGUCGCUGACGACUUGACCGUCACCAACCCAACUAGAAUUGCCACUGCUAUUCAGAAGAAGGCCGCCGACGCUUUGUUGUUGAAGGUCAACCAGAUUGGUUCUUUGACUGAGUCUAUCCAGGCCGCCAAGGACUCUUUCGACGCCACCUGGGGUGUCAUGGUCUCUCACAGAUCUGGUGAGACUGAGGACACUUUCAUUGCCGACUUGGUUGUCGGUUUGAGAACCGGCCAGAUCAAGACUGGUGCUCCAGCCAGAUCUGAGAGAUUGGCCAAGUUGAACCAGUUGUUGAGAAUCGAGGAGGAGUUGGGCUCCAAAGCUAUCUACGCUGGUAAGAAGUUCCACAACGCUAACAAGUUGUAA